AUGAUAACAAAUACGGCAAUAGAAAGGUUAGCCACACCAUUUGAUAAUUUUAGUAUCGAAGAAGAUAUGGAACUGCCAUUAAAAACAGGUUUAACAGUUUAUUUAAAAUUUAAUUUAAAUCAAGCAUCACCAAACGUAACAACAAGUGGUUUAUCACGAUUAAUAUCAAUUAAAAACUCAUCAUCCAAUCAACCAAUUAUACUGUGUGGUUACUUUAAUGGUACAAAUAUUAAAUUUGUAGGUAAAAAUUUGAAUGUACAUGUUGAUUUGUUUCAUUCAGUUCGCGUUGAAACAGAUAAAUUUAAUUAUGAACAAUCAUUAACAACACAUACAUUUUCUAUCGACAGCAAUGUUGGCAUUGAUUUAACAACUGAAGACAACGAUGAUCAACAACAUCGCACAUAUUCAUUAUUACGUGGAACAUUAAUAUUAGAAGACGAAAAAAUUAGUUUUGAAUCAAAAAUUGGUGAACAAUUAACUUCAGCUAUCAAUUCACCCCUGGGAUUAUUUGGAUUAACAAUUAAUCAUAAAAAUUGUCAACUGAAUAUUUCAUAUACAUGGCCCGAUAGAGAAAAAACAUCUGAUUAUUCUUUAACAUAUUCAUUUCUAUGUGACAUUCAUCUAGAGAAUGUUCUUACAUCAAAAGAUUCACCUCCAGAAGAAAAAAUAAUUCGAACAAUCGGCUUAAUGCAUUUUUUGUUAAAAUUAAUUGGUUUCACUUGGCCAUAUACAGCUGAUAUUUAUCUAGAAAAAGAAAUUUAUUACACAAAAAAUGAUAUUGAUAUUGAAUUGAAUCGUUUAUCACUUACACAACUAGAAAAUAGAACAACACGUCGAUUUAAUGCUGGUUACCAUUUUACAAUCAAUAUUGAAGAUUUACUUACAUUUAAUAUCGGUAUUACGCGUACAACAAAUGUCCAGGGUAUAAAACAAUUAACAAUAGCAGGAAAUACGACUGAUACGAUCAGUUUGGGCUUUUGUACUCUGACAGGAAAUGGUCAAAUAGAUAAAGGGCCAAGUGUUCUAAUUAAAACAUCACCAUUAACAUUUGCACUUGAACUAGACUUUUUUUUAUUUGAUAAAAUGGAACAAAAAUUUGGUUCGCUAUCAUUAGCAUGGUCAUCUGACCGAGAAUUUAUUGAUAAUGCAAUGGUGCAAAUACCAGGUACCUAUGAUGUUCGAGUAGAUUUAAAAAUGAAAUGGGACAAAAUAAAUGCGUAUCAGUUGAUACAUUUUAAAAUAAAUAAUUGGGAUUUUGAUGGUGCUUUGAAUGCAAUACAAUUAGCAAAACGUAUUAAAGAAUAUCAAAAACCAAACACUAAUCCAUGUAUAGCGUUAUGUGAUUUUAUAUUUGCUGAAACAAUUAUCACAAAAUUUAAUGUUGAUUUUAAAUUUAAACAACCAAGAACAGACGAACAAGAUAAGACUAUGUUUCCAGUUGGUAUUACAGGACAGCUAAUUCUUGAGAUUCAUUUUCCUCUGAGAAGUAAACCAAUAAUAACAUUUUCCUUCGAUAUAACAACAAUUGAGUUACUUAUUAGUCCACCUGAAACAAAUCAAACAAUUGGAGAAUGGUUUAUAAAUAUGAUUAAAGAAAAUUCAUUGUUAUUUGUAAAUCAGUUAUUUUUUGAAGAUAAUAAUCUUCGAAAUCUUGGCCUUAUGUUUGCUAUAUUAGACUUUACCGAUUAUGCAAAAGAUGCAAUUGCAGCAUUAGCUUGUCGACGAAUUCCACGUGUACCAGGAAAUUUUAAAGAUCGUUUUGAUCAUGAUAUAAAUGACGAUAAACCAUCCCAGCCACCAAAGCCUCCACCUGGUAAUCCAAAUGAUAAUGAAUGGGUUGAAGCUGUUGUUAAGCUUGCAGCAGUCGUAGGCGCACUUGCUGCUCUGGCUGAUGUUUUAGCAAGUUUGAUAGAGGCCAUCGCAAGUUUGUUUCAAAUAAAUUCAGUAAAAGGAAAAAUAUCUGCCGAAGGAGCAAGAAAAGCUGCACAUCGAGCAGAAUGGGGUAAAAAACUGAAUAUGUUAAUAGACAAAAUAGAAACAUCAAUUGAAAUGUCAUCAUCUAAAAGUUGUUUUGUACGAGCAGCGGAAUCAUCAGGUAGCGCUGCAAAAAUUACUGUUAAUUGGAAACCACCGUUAAAUGGACCAAAAAAAGAUAAAAAUGGAAAAAACAUUAAACUCAAAUAUGAAAUGAACUUGAAUAUUGACAGCACAAUAAAUUUUUCAACGCGGCAUAUUGAAUUUGAAUACGAUGAUAUACAUAGGCAUGCACCAAUAUCAAUCAUUAUUGAAGAUAUUGUACAAUAUUAUUGGCUAUCCAAUAAUAUUGAGACCCAAUACUAUUGUAUUCCCAAUAUAUUGGGAUCAAUAAUAUUGGUCAGCCAAUCU